AUGAGGAAAACACUGUUGCUCGUUUUUAUCCACGGAUUCAAGGGUGGUGAUGAUACCUUUGGAACAUUUCCCGAGCACUUGCGCGUGUUAGCUAGCAGAGCAUUGCCCGCGAUCGAGGUAGUCACGGCUGUCUACCCCAAGUAUGAGACCAAAGGUGACUUGAAGGAAUGCGUUGCGAGGCUUCGAGAUUGGCUACAAGAUGUUGUGAUCGAUUUGGAGGUUGCCAAUCAUACAGCAUCACCUACCGUUGACCCCUCUGUCCAUGUCGUUCUCAUCGGUCACUCAAUGGGAGGAAUAGUAGGAGCAGAUGCUUUGCUUAUGUUGGCAGCAGAGCAACCAAUACCCCGGAAUCCUACUUCGGAUAUGCAGUCAACAGCAGGCACCGAGUCUAUCGUGGAGCCGGGAACGUUCAUGUUCCCCCACAUUCAAGGCGUACUUGCAUUUGACACUCCAUUUCUCGGAAUAGCUCCUGGGGUCGUGUCGUAUGGUGCCGAAGGACACUACCGCAAUGCAGCCACCGCGUACAACACCGUUUCCGAGGUUGCAGGACUUUUCGGUUACGGCAAAGGCACUGGCUCGGACAAAGGGGCUGCCGCUGCCGCCCCUAAAGCGUCUUCCAAACCACUGCCGUCCCCAUCUGACGCCGCAGCAACACCCCCCUGGCAAAAAUGGGGAAAGUACGCCAUGUUUGCAGGAGCGGCCGGUGCCGUUGCCGCUGGCGGCGCAGCCAUGUAUACCCAAAGACAGAAGCUAACCGAAGGAUUUGGGUGGGUGUCGUCGCAUUUGGAGUUUGUCGGGUGUCUCGCACGCACAUCGGAGCUUCAUCAGCGCACCGAGCGUCUGUCAAAGGUAAAGGGGGAGCGUGGAAUCGGGUGUGUCAACUUUUACACAUGUCUUGGGAAAGGAGCAACGUCUCUGGUGGAGAACACAUCAGCAAGCCAGACAUCUUUCAGCCAAAAAAUUAUCAGGGCAAAGAACCGGACGUUCUGUUCAUUGCCGAAAGAAGUGGAGGAUGGCAGAGAAUCGCAAAGCCCGGGACUGUUGUGGAAUAAAGCUGUCAAUGACCAGGCCACCGACGAGACCAAUGCCCACACUACCAUGUUUCUGUCUAAACAAAACCCUGCGUUUUUUGAGAUGCUGAGUGAAGCAUGUGCGGCACUCGUCAGGUCGGUAGACAUGGGCUGGUACGAGUCAGCCACGGAGCAAGCCAAGGAAGACAGUCAGCCACCAGAUACACAGCAUACACCCAAAAAAUCACCCGGGGAGUUCAUGGAUGGGGAUGAUGUCGUGGUCGUUGAUUGA